AUGGGUGACGGCGGUUUCACCAAGGAGCAGCUGGCCAUGGCCAAGCAGCUGCAAGCCGCCUACUGCUCUAGCGGCACGUUCAAGGCCCCCAUGGUGACCAGUCGUCCGGCUCCUCGCCAGCAGGCCGGCCGCUCGUCCACCGCGCCGCCCGUUCGUAUGCCUCCGUCAUCGCAGACGACUCGGUCGCAGCCCGGAUCAGUGCUUCGUUCGAGCAAUGGUCUGGUUCGCCCUCUGCCGUCAGGAGGACAUACUUCUACCCCUACUCCUGCUGCCCGUAUUGCAACCAGCCAGGUCCAAAAGCCUGUUCCUAAGUCAACGCCAGUUCCAGCCAACCCGACCCAAAAGAAGAAAACGGUACAAAACAGCACUCAGCCCGCUGUUAAGCCUACUCCCGUUACGCAGAAAGCGGCUCUCCAGAGCCCGACGCAGUCUGCUGCUGCUAAGCCAGCAAGCCGGGUAUCUUCUCAGCCGAUUAUCAAUCCAGCUACUAGCCCGCCUAUUGCCCAAUCUGUCACCCAACCUGUCACCCAUAGACCUGACCCCCUCCACAACGUUCAAGAUCAGGAUCUUCUGUCUAUGGAGCCCCUGCCAGUAAUUUCUACUCCGACUCUUGUCGCUACACCGGUCUCCCAGGAUACUGAAAUGGCGAACAGUGGCAUGUCUGCAGGCCCUCAAAAAGUCAAUGUUGCCAACGCGGCACCUACCGGCUCAACGGCCCCGAGCGUAGACCUUGUUGUCAACGCUCCCGCGGCGGUUCGUGAGGCUAUCAAGAUCAACAUGAUGGGGAAGCCUGUUUUGUGGAACUAUAUGACUGAAGCUCCCACUGUCCGCGAGCUGAGCGAGGCAGAAAAAGAGGGUCUCAGUGCCCUGCCUCCUCCCUGCCCUGCAGACAAGCGUCCCUUGAUCCGUGCCUGGCAUCCGAACCAACCACUACGGGUUGGGCCGAACGGCGAGGUGGUUGACGAAGAGUUCGUAUUUAUGAUCUGUUAA